UUUUUCCCUUUUUCUUGUUUUUCUCAACUAGGGUUUUUUUCUCUUUACUUUUUUUUUUCUUGUGGGGGUAAAUUUUUUGUUGUAUUUGAUUUUGGGGUUUCAUCUUUUUUAGUGGUUGGUAUGUUAAUUUUGAAGUUGUGGGGUUCUUGUUUUGGGGGUUUGAGGGGUUUAGAGUGAAAAAGGUUGAGUCUUUUUGCUGUUUAGCAGCAAAGAAAUCAAGAAUUGUGAAAGAUGAUUGCUGAAAAACCUACUUGGAUUAGACAUGAGGGUAUGCAGAUUUUCUCCAUUGAUAUUCAACCAGGUGGCCUUAGGUUUGCUACUGGUGGUGGUGAUCACAAGGUUCGGAUAUGGAACAUGAAAUGUGUGGGUAAGGACUUGGAAGCAGAUGAAUCUACACCAAAACUUCUUUCCACACUACGUGAUCAUUUUGGGUCAGUGAACUGUGUUAGAUGGGCAAAACAUGGUCGGUAUGUUGCUUCUGGCUCUGAUGAUCAGGUGAUUCAAGUCCAUGAGAGGAAACCUGGCUCAGGAACCACAGAGUUUGGCAGUGGAGAGCCUCCUGAUGUAGAGAAUUGGAAAGUUACCAUGACAUUGAGAGGACACACUGCGGAUGUGGUGGAUCUAAAUUGGUCUCCAGAUGACUCGACAUUGGCUAGUGGUAGUCUGGACAACACCAUUCAUAUCUGGAAUAUGAGCAACGGUAUAUGCUCAGCUGUUCUGAGGGGUCACUCUAGUCUUGUUAAAGGUGUCACCUGGGAUCCGAUUGGUUCAUUUAUAGCUAGUCAAUCAGAUGAUAAGACUGUCAUCAUUUGGCGAACAAGUGACUGGAGCCUUGCUCAUAGAACUGAAGGUCACUGGGCAAAAUCUCUUGGGUCGACCUUCUUUAGGCGGCUUGGAUGGUCACCGUGUGGACAUUAUAUAACUACUACUCAUGGUUUUCAAAAGCCUAGGCACUCUGCUCCUGUUCUGGAGAGAGGAGAAUGGUCUGCCACUUUUGACUUCUUAGGACACAAUGCUCCUGUUAUUGUUGUUAAGUUUAAUCAUUCUAUGUUUCGGAGGAAUUUGGCUAAUGCUCAGGAAGUGAAAAAUGCUUCUCUUGGAUGGUCAAAUGGUUCUUCAAAAAGUGGAGGAAAAGAGUCCCAACCCUACAAUGUUAUUGCUAUAGGAAGUCAAGAUCGCACCAUAACUGUGUGGACUACAGCAAGUCCACGUCCUCUUUUUGUUGCCAAGCAUUUCUUUUCUCAAAGUGUUGUGGAUUUAUCAUGGAGCCCUGAUGGAUAUUCACUGUUUGCAUGUUCUUUGGAUGGAAGUGUAGCCACUUUCCAUUUUGAUGGAAAUGAACUAGGUCAUCAGCUAUCUGAUGCUGAAUUAGAGGAGUUGAAGAGAAGCCGCUAUGGUGAUGUUAGAGGUCGACAGGCAAAUUUAGCCGAAAGUCCAGCACAACUGUUGCUUGAAGCAGCAGCUGCAAAGCAAACUUCAAACAAAAAGCUAACUACAGAUCUUCCACAAGUUCAAGCAACAUCAAAAUCUUCUGUUGAUUUGGGUAGUGUGGUGAAGGUUCCCAAACCACAAUCUGAUAAUGGGAAAAAGACUGAAGGAGUUAACAGUGAUAGUUUAACUAAACCUGCGACUUCUACACGCUUGUCAAGUCCCGUGAAGCAAAGAGAGUACAGAAGGCCUGAUGGUCGAAAGAGGAUAAUUCCAGAAUCAGUUGGUUUUCCUAUUCAGCAGGAAAACACCUCUGGAAUUGCUCAAUCUCCUGUCGUUGAAUUCCCUAAUAUGACAGUGGACCAGAGGAAAGAUGAGAAUGGUAUGGUGCUGUCUAAUGCAAGUGUUAGAGAAGGAUUUGCAAGGAAAACAGUUAGUGUCUGUGCUAAUCAAAAGGAGCGCUCAGGUGUAACUGCUAGAGCUACCAUCAGUGAGAGCCUCAUCAUUGAGAAGGUUCCACCUUCUGCAGGCAAGGAUGGAAGCAUCAGUAUAGAACAGAUGGGAAUUGUCAAAGAUCCAUAUCAUUUGGGUACUGGUGGUACACUUUUAAUCAGGGUUUUUGAUAAUAAAGAAGGGGAGGACACUGGUCCAGUUUGCUUAGAGGCUCAACCCAGAGAACAAGCUGCCAAUGAUGUUUUAGGGACUGGAAAUUCCUUUGUAAUGAAAGAAACUGAGAUACUUUGUUCCAGGGGGACUCAAACUCUCUGGUCUGACCGGAUUUCUGGGAAAGUUACUGUUUUGGCUGGAAAUGCCAACUUUUGGGCUGUGGGAUGUGAAGAUGGCUGUGUUCAGAUUUAUACAAAAUGUGGACGACGUGCCAUGCCGACCAUGAUGAUGGGAUCUGCUGCAGUAUUUGUUGAUUGUGAUGAAUCUUGGAAGUUUUUGCUUGUCACUAGGAAAGGGUCAUUACAUCUUUGGGAUCUAUUCAACCAGAAGUGUCUCCUUCAAGACUCGUUGGCGUCCCUUAUGACCUCAGAUCCCAAGGCGAAUGCAGGCACAAUCAAAGUGAUAGCAGCAAAAUUAUCAAAAUCUGGUUUUCCUCUUGUUGUCCUCGCCACACGGCAUGCAUACCUCUAUGAUAUGAGCCUCAUGUGCUGGCUGAGGGUUGCAGAUGAUUGUUUUCCGGCUUCGAAUUUUUCAAGUUCCUGGAGUUCGGGCUCAUUGCAUGGUGGUGAACUAGCGGCAUUGCAGGUGGAUGUUAAGAAGUUCCUCGCUAGAAGGCCCGGCUGGAGCAGAGUGACUGAUGAUGGGGUACAAACACGUGCUCAUUUGGAGGCUCAGUUGGCUUCUGCUCUUGCUUUGAAGUCUCCUAGUGAAUAUCGUCAAUGCCUUUUAUCCUACGUUCGAUUUUUAGCAAGAGAGGCAGAUGAGUCACGCUUGAGAGAAGUUUGCGAGAACUUUCUUGGGCCUCCCACAGGGAUGGCUGAGGCUUCAUCCUUUAUGUCAAAUAAACCUGCUUGGGACCCUUGUGUACUUGGUAUGAAAAAGCAGAGACUCCUUAGAGAAGACAUACUUCCAGCUAUGGCCUCAAAUAGAAAAGUACAGCGGCUGCUCAACGAGUUCAUGGAUCUCCUCUCAGAAUAUGAGAUACCUGCGACAAAUCUCGAACAGAACAACGUCGCAACCACCACAUCAACUGAAAUGACUCUUGAACAGACCAAUGUUGCAACCACUACAGAUAAAAUGGAUGCUGAUCUCCCUAUGACUCAAAGAACAUCUCCCAAGACACUAAUAACUGAUCCGACUCCUUCCACAACUGUUAAUGACCGAGAGGAUCCUGCUUCUCCUGCAGUACAAUCAACUGAUCAUGUUGAGUCUAGAACACCAAUGAAAGACCCAAUGGACUCCAUUCAAGAAGGAACUGAUGAAGCUAAAUCUGUACCACCUCCAACAGAGCAAAUGAAUUUGGAUCCACCUGCAUCAGUCGAAUCGGAACCAUAUCCGUCGCCUAAGGAGAAGGUUUCUUGAUAUCUAUGUUUUCAAUAGAUUAGAUGUGAUAGUCACCUUAAAGUACUGCUGACACUACAACCGAUGCUGUGGACUGUAAACAAGAUCUUCCACAUGCAGCUUCCAGGCUGAAUGUAUUAGUGGAUGCACCUAGAAGGCAGUACCCAAGGUAUGUAACAUGAUAGACUUUUUGUGUAGUGGAGUUUGAUUCUUGUGUGACCCUAGAUAACCUUUUCAUUUUCAUUAAGAUAUCUUUGUCAUUGUUCUGAAUAUAGUUUUCUUCGCCGUGUGAAGUAAAAGGUGUAUGUACUCUUUCUCCCAUAUGAAAACAUUGAUUGAGAUCUUUGAGCAUUCA